AUGGAGGGCCAGACAUGCCGCUUGAUUCUUGCAAUGUUUUGUUUCCUUCACCAGGCCUCUUCUAUUGAAACCUCUGGCGUACCCGAAGAGAACCCGGCAAAGGAAAUGAUUCAAGUCGGGCUAGUUUUCAGCAUGAACUCAUCCGUGGACAAGGUGGUGGAGAGUUGUAUAUCCAUGGCGUGCUCUGAUUUCUAUGAUGCGCAUCCUGAUUACCACACCCGAUUGUCGCUUCUCAUUAGAGAUCCAAAGGACGAUGUCGUCGAUGCGGCAUCAGCAGUUCUAGACUUGAUCGAGAAUGAAGAAGUCCAUGCGAUCCUGGGUCCAAAAUGGUCCUCACAAGCCAAAUUUGUUAUCGACUUAGGAGGGAAAGCUCAAGUACCAAUCAUAUCCUUUUCAGCCACUAGCCCAUCCCUUUCUCCCACGCACAGCCCUUAUUUCGUUCGGACAGCCUAUGACGACAGUUCACAAGUUGAUGCUCUAGCGGCUGUUGUUCAAGCCUAUGGUUGGAGGGAAAUAACUCUUGUUUAUGAAGACACUGACUAUGGCAACGGCUUGGUCCCAUACCUUGUCGACGCAUUCCAAAAGGUGGACGCUCGGAUCUCUUAUAGAAGCGUUAUUCCUCCAUCUCCGGAAGAUGUUGACAUUGUGAAAGAGCUCAAUAACUUGUUGACGAGGCAGACACGAGUGUUUCUGGUUCAUAUGACUGCUAUGAUUGGGUCUAGGUUCUUUGCUUUAGCACAUAAUGCGGGGAUGAUGAGCGAGGAGUUUGCGUGGAUUGUCACUGAUGGUUUGUCGUCUUCACUGGACCCGGUCAUCUCCAAGGCUUUGGACUCGAUGCAAGGUGUGGUAGGCGUAAGGCCACAUGUACCACGAUCGGAGUCUCGCAUAAAUUUUGAAGAGAGAUGGAGGAAGCUUUACAACGAGAGAAAUCCACACUACGAGAUUGCUGAUCUCGGUCUCUUUGGCUUAUGGGCAUAUGACACAGUUUCAGCAUUAGCGUUGGCAGGAGAGAUGGCAUGGGAUCCUGCAAAGUCUAGAUACUUAAAGCCGAAUACAAGCAGAGAAAAUCUCGACUUUUCAUCUAUCGGGAUUUCUGAGAUGGGCCCGAAAUUGCUUGACAAAAUCUUAAGCAUCAAAUUUCAAGGCCUUACUGGAGAAUUUAAAUUGCUCAAUGGUGCACUUCAUCCUAUUGCAUUCGAAAUCUUUAAUGUUGUGGGACAGAAUGAGAAAACCAUUGGAUAUUGGACUUUGGCACAAGGACUUUCACCUGAUUUGAACCUAUCAACAAGGGAAGUUUAUAAAGCUUUGGCCAACGAUUUGAAGCCACCUACUUGGUCAGGAGAUACAUUGAAGCCACCGAAAGGUUGGGUGAUGCCGAUAUUAGGAAAGAAACUAAGGAUUGGGGUUCCAAUGAAAGACGGCUUUAGUGAGUUCUUCAAAAUCAAAUGGGAUCCGCACUCGGGAGUGCCGAGCUACUCAGGAUUCGCCCAUGACAUGUUUAUGGCAGUACGGGAUGCAUUACCUUUUGCUAUUCCUUACGAGUACAUUCCUUACGUGGAUGCGAGCAGGCAAAGUGCAGGAACCUACGACGAUAUGUUGAAUGAAAUUAAAUGUCAGAAAUUCGAUGCAGUUGUAGGAGACACAACUAUCGUCGCGUAUCGCUCAUCCGACGUUGAUUUUACACUUCCCUAUUCAGAAUCUGGUUUAGCAAUGGUAGUUGCCAUUAAGGAUGAUGAGCGGAGGAACACGUGGAUCUUCAUAAAACCAUUGAGUUGGAAUCUCUGGCUAACGACUGUUUUGGCCUCCAUUUUCACUGGAUCCGUCGUGUGGCUCCUCGAACGUCGAACAAAUGAAGAAUUUAGGGGUCGUCCUAGACAACAAAUCGGUUUAAUAUUCUUGUUUUCCUUGUCUACAUUGGUGUUUGCUCAUAGGGAGAAGACUGCAAACAACUUGACAAGGCCUGUGCUCAUCGUAUGGGUAUUCGUGGUGCUGAUCCUGACUCAGAGUUAUACUGCAAGUUUAGCUUCAAUUUUAACCGUGCAACGUUUCACGCCCAAGUUUGUGGACGUGCAAGACUUGAUAAGGAAUCGCCAUUUCGUUGGUUAUCAAAAAGGAUCUUACGUGAGGGAAUUUCUCGUAACGCAGCUCAAUUUCAAUGCAUCCAAAUUGAUUCCUUAUGGUUCACCAGAGGAAUACCACGAGGCACUAUCAAAGGGAAGCGAAAACGGAGGAGUAGCGGCCAUCUUUGAUGAUUUGCCAUGCAUAAAGCUCUUCCUUGCCAGAUACUGCAACAAGUACAAAGUGGUAGGAGCAACCUAUAAAACCGGCGGGUUUGGCUUUGUAAGUCUCUUGUCCUAG